AUCAGAACACGUUGAACAGGAAUGAAAUUGUAUUCAAAAUAAUAAUAGUAGGUGAACAGCAAUCACUAGUUUAAAUAACGUUCAUAUAUUUAUAGUAUAUACAUAAGAAGCUUCUAGAUUUUUCUCCAAUAAUAUGCCCGGGCUGAUCGGUUUAGAAUUAGCCAAUCAGCGCGCAGCAACACCAUCAUGCAUACAUGAAAUAUCCAAUCUAUGUCCCACUAACAAAUAAGAUAUUAGUUUUGGAAAUUCAAACAGUAAUUAUUACUCUUAGUAGCAUACUCAUAGCUUGAGUGAUUAAAAACGGAGAAGGGUGGUACUACAUAUCCGUAUUUUUUGCUAAUGUGGAAUAUUGCAUCUAAAAAUUGAAAGCACAAAGUGCCUGAUAACAUUUGGACAUAGCUAUCUUGGAGGGAUCAGUGUAUACGGUGAGACUUAUUGGCUUAGCAUUAUUGACAUGACUUUUAACUACUCAAGUAGCUGAGAUGGUAAAGGGUUCAAUGUGAAAUGAAAUUGGAAGACAAAAGUGAAGCUCCUGCAUCUUGCACGAAUACUGUUGGCAACAACAGUUGUGACAAUGGCAACAAUAAUGAUAAUAAACAUUCACCUGAGUCAAAUAGCUACAAUGCCUGUGACGAUGGACCACAAGAAGCCAAACGGUCUCGGCCAAGUGAAAAGAAGGAAUCUACAGAAAUAUCGGGAAAUGCAAGUCGUGGAUUUUUUCCUGUCCACACUUUGACUACAACGGAUCAAGUACGUUUAAAAGCCCGGGAGAUGCUUCAAUCAGCACUAGAAAGUGGCAAUAUUCCUAGCGGUGCUUAUGAAAGUGAGUUCCUAGCGAUACGAAUAGAAAGCUCCAUAUAUGACCUUUUCAACAAUACUGAUCCCAAGUACAAACAACGAGUACGCACUAGAGUUAUGAAUCUACGCGAUUCUAAUAAUCCCAAUUUGCGACUUAAUGUCCUAAUGGGACACGUGAGUCCGGAUAAACUAGCAUCUAUGACAUCAGAAGAAAUGGCUAGUAAAGAAAUGAAAGAACUUCGUGAGAAAUAUACUAAAGAAACUAUAGAAGACCAUCAAAUGGCUGUAACCGGUGGUACAGAAACUGAUUUAUUACGAUGUGGAAAGUGUAAGCAAACCAAGUGUACAUAUAAUCAGGUUCAAACUCGUAGUGCAGAUGAACCAAUGACCACUUUUGUCUAUUGUAACAAUUGCGGCCACCGUUGGAAAUUUUGCUGA